AAUCAUACUUUUUCUCGUUUUCCAACAAUGACGAUUUUCCACUAAUCUAUUGCCAUCGCAAUGCGACUGUUUCUCCCACUUCUUUUCGGACACGAGAACACACAAACGGCAAAACGGGAGAGCGAACGAAGACUACCAUGUUUUUGAAACGCAGCAGCAAAUCAGAGCAGAAAAAGCGKGUGCGAGAUCGGGAUUGCGUCGGAACAGCUGCCAUCGCCGAUAGCCAGCAAGAAGUCAACGCCCGCACCUUCCUCUAUCCAUCCAGUGGCUUCGUCACGAGAAUCGAACAUUCCCUUCUUUACGCAAUGAUCCGAGAGCCAGAUAUUUUUCCGGAGUCGGCCGUCCUAAAGGCGAUCGAGGAAGAAAACUAUUCCAUGUAUUUUUACGUACGGCCCGAAAGAGGAAAAAGCGUGACCGAGUACGACGUCUCUUAUGCGCAACUCACGGCGACCCUGGCUCUCGCGGCSGAGGAAUGGGAUCACAACAGCGAGGUACCACCGGUUCUUUGCCAGAAAGUUUCGCAAUGCGUCUUGCGGUACGCGACCAACCAGGGUUUGGAUCGGAAGACCGAGCUGGACGAUCUCUUGCAGCCGUUGUAUCAAUACGCCGUUCGACGAGAAGCCAAGCAAUCKAAGAAAAUGAUGCGCUGGAUCGUCCCCGCACUCGGUGCMAGUCUUCUCGUUGGCAAUCCGCUCCCUGCCUAUGCGGCCCUGGUCAGCGCGAACCUGGCCCAGACCAAGGAAAUCGAAAAGGGACAGACCAGCAACACCAACACGGAUCGCAUGAUGAGCACCGGGGAACGGGCCGCCAACACGGAGCAUGCCUCGCUGUUAGAAGAAGAAUACGACGAUGUUUCGAUAUAAACGUCRAUAGCGUUGGAAGCGGCGAACACCCAACGCACACGACGUCCAUCUCGUGUAUAUCAAACUAGCAUGAAUGGAUUGCUUAAAUUACUUUCAUUUAGUUCAAUCCACUAUGACAUUUUUCUUAAAAUGAAGUUUGCUUCCGGACCAACAUCUCGUCUUGAACAAUACAUAAACUAACAAAGACUGCAAAACAUUGAACAUGUUCGGCUGGUCAAGAAAGGGUACAUACAAGAACACAAAACACCGAACCUUGAUCAUGAACAUCGACAGCACAGACUCUUCUGCCUCUAGUAUUCUCUAUAACAUGAGGCUGUAUAAAACCUACCACACAUAAUGUUUGGAUCAAGCAUGCCCGGGCCUUUCCUUCCUUCGACUCGACCCACCAACGCCUUCCUCGGCAAUACUUUGCCUGUUGUUGUUUCUGUUCGGYGGCGAACAGAUCUUAGCUAGCUUGUUKCCAUUUUUGGUUGGUCGGAUCUUACAUGCCAGGUUGUUGCAGCACUCUUGGAAACCUCCACAGCCUUCGUACAAAUUGCUACACUGUUGGGGUUKGGGUGAACUCGUUGUCGGAUUUUCUGUAGCUGUGGUUUUGCAWUGCGAGGGAGRAUUUGCAAUGRCUUGACGAAAGACAGGAGAGUUGGAUUCGACUUCACUGUCGGAAUGCGAUGUGAUGUCAGUGAUAGGAUCCAAUGCACAUAAAAACAUAGAUCCAUCGUGGCUACCUCGGGGAUUCAUUAUGUCCAGCUUGCUGCUAUAGAAUUUCACAUUGGGUGGAAGCGUUGUUGGGUUCGGGAUAUUUUCAAASCCGAUUAUGUCGUCUUGUGGACUGUGACAGAUAGAAACAUGGAACUCAAUCUCAGUCGACAGGAGAUCCCAAAGGCUUGCAUCCAAUAUGGCAUCACAAAGGUUGCUGAUAGAAUCUGGCUUCACUAUUCCUGACCUGCAAGCAUUCUUUGGAUACCCCUCGUAGGAUGAUUCGUGGUAAAUACUAACAAGUGCUUCAUUGAAAAUGUGAUCAGUGUCGGCAGGUAACAGCGCUAGAAUUUGUUCUUUGGCAAGUUGCUCCGGAGAAUUGAACCAGCCCAAAACAUUCAUUUCCGGAUUCGUUUCGUUCAUCCAAGACGAAUUCAAGGCUUCUUCAUUCUCGUUCGAAUUCGAUACGAACGGGAAACUAUUUGAAUAAGCAUACCCAAAAAACGCCAGAAAAAGAUCCAAUGAUCCUGGUGCCAAAGGUUUGGUUUCCUCCAAUUCGAACGAGAAACCAAGCUGUGAGUCAAGAUCAAGGGGAGUUCCACCAGGUCGUGAUGAUAGAAUUGUCACCCCAUUUUGCUCGAGUGCCAUUGCCCCGCGGAGAGCGAAAUAUCCACCCUCCCCGUACCCCGUAAUGCUCGCUACGUCUGUCAGUUCUGUGCAUCCGUCACUAACAAAAGAAAUAUAGCGCUUUGCUGCAGCAUAACUUACGGCCGCGGCUUGCUCGUAAACCAUCGGCGAAAGRUAGGCACGAUCAUAAUCUUUUGACUCCCCRUAACCAAUGUAAUCCGGCAUUACAGCCACUGCUCCAGCUGURGAAGCUACCAAAGAGGACACAAAGGAUUGAAAUAGCAGCACCUUUUCUGAAUAAUCUAGUGUUUUUUCAUUCAAGAUCGAGGAAAUAUCUUUGGGCCAGAGAUCAGUAGGACCGGAAUUAACAUCAAUUGUAGUG